GACAGCAAACGACCCGACGUCGUUCUCGGGUGGUCUGGCUUCCUACUUGAGCAGUGGCAUCCUGCAAUUGUAGUUCGCAAUUUCGCCAUCUCUAGUUUCCCCCAAACCCAAACCCUAGAGGCUCUCGCAGAGAAAGCCAUGGCGAUGAAGCACCUCCUAACAACCAUAGGUCGCCGUCGGCCGCACAGACCCCCGGCCGCUCUCACAGUAGCCGUACGAUCCUCAUCAACCUCACCCGCCGUCGCUGAGUCACCUUUGGCCCCAUCCUUACCCUCGCCUCCUCCACCAUCCGCUAUGAUCUACGACCGCUUGGCCGAGGACGUCAAAUCGAAGAUCAGGAGGCUCGAGAACCCGGACCUGAGGUUCCUCAAGUACGGGUCGCCCCACCCGAGUAUCGCGGACCAUACCCACAUCCUGACCGCACCCGAGACACGUGUCACCACACUCCCCAACGGCCUGCGAGUGGCCACCGAGUCGAACCUCGCGGCCCAGACGGCAACCGUCGGGGUCUGGAUCGAUGCUGGGUCGCGGUUCGAGAACGACGCGACCAACGGCACCGCGCAUUUCUUGGAGCACAUGAUCUUCAAAGGGACCGACCAGAGGACAGCGCGUCAGCUCGAGGAAGAAGUCGAGAACAUGGGAGGUCACUUGAAUGCGUACACAUCGAGGGAGCAGACCACCUACUAUGCCAAGGUGCUGCAGUCGGAUGUGCCCAAGGCGCUCUCUAUUUUGGCUGAUAUCUUGCAGAACUCCAAGUUUGAUGAUAACCGGAUUCUUCGCGAGCGCGAAGUGAUUUUGAGGGAAAUGGAGGAGGUCGAGAAACAACCCGAUGAAGUUAUUUUUGACCAUCUGCAUGCAACUGCAUUCCAGUACUCUCCUCUAGCCAGAACUAUUCUUGGACCUGCUAACAAUAUUAAGACUAUCUCCAAAGAACAUCUUCAAAGCUAUAUCAAAACUCACUAUACCGCACCCAGAAUGGUUAUUGCUGCUUCAGGAGCUGUUAGGCAUGAAGAUAUUGUUGAGACAGUUAAAGGUUUGUUUACAAAAUUGUCAGGAGAUCCAACCACGGCUAGUCAGUUGGUUGCAAAAGAACCUUCCUUUUUUACUGGUUCUGAGGUCAGAAUGUUUGAUAGUGACUUGCCUUUGGCACAUUUCGCGGUUGCAUUCAAUGGAGCAUCUUGGACGGAUCCAGACUCUAUUCCUCUAAUGGUCAUGCAGGCUAUGUUAGGUUCAUGGAAUAAAAAUGCUGGUGGUGGAAAGCACAUGGGUUCAGAGCUGGCACAACGGGUUGCCAUAAAUGACAUAGCAGACAGCUAUAUGGCUUUCAACACCAACUAUAAGGAUACUGGCUUAUUUGGUGUUUUUGCUACUGCUAAGCCGGAUUGCUUAGAUGAUUUGGCCUAUUCAAUAAUGUAUGAAAUAACCAAAUUAGUUUAUCGAGUUUCAGAAGCUGAUGUGAUCCGUGCUCGUAAUCAGUUGAAAUCUUCCCUGCUCCUUCACUUGGAUGGAACAAGUGCCGUAGCUGAAGAUAUUGGGCGCCAGCUACUUACAUAUGGUCGAAGAAUCCCAUUAGCUGAAUUGUUUGCUAGAAUUGAUGCUGUUAAUGCAAGCACCAUCAAACGUGUUGCAAACCGAUUUAUCUAUGACAGGGAUAUUGCAAUUGCUUCCAUGGGUCCUGUCGGGGAGUUGCCUGACUACAACUGGUUCAGACGCCGGACCUACUGGAACAGAUAUUAGUUUUGCCUUGCCUUGAUUAUUUCAUAAUUGCCUUUCAUGAUCUAUAUGGUCUUGGAAUAUUUUGUUGCUAUGAUGCAAUUUAAUUAUUGGUCUUGGAGAGAGCUUUUAAGGCUGCUGUAAUUUUUUUCCCCCCAAAAUAUGUUAUAGGCUCUCUUUUUGUAACUUUGCAUUUGUCAUAAAAUAAGCAUUGCUGCGUCUGUGAAUGUUAACUGCGACAUAAAAUUUUCCAAAUGUGUUUGUACUUUGUACUACUGAGCGCUGCAAGUUACUUGUCGAUUAACUCAAUAUGUUUGGUGACC